GGCUGGUAUCUUCUCUGCUACUAUCGCUGAUUAUUCUCCUCUGUUGGGUGAGUCUUUCCUGAGGACUCCAACUGACAUGUGGAUCUCAAACCUCAAGCAUCCCUCUGUCCCGCUUCCCUGCAUCCUAGCCCAAGGAUCUGCCUUCUCUGCCACGGUUCCUCAAAAUCGACAAACCCUACCACUAUCAGCUCGCAUGCUGUUCAGAAUCCGCGCCGCCUGUAGGGCUAAAGUAUCCGUCCGAACUUAAACAAACAUGCUGUUCAAUCGUGCUACUACUACUUACGACUAGUGCUACCAGAACUGGAGCUGAAGCUCGACGACUCCAAGACAGCAUCACUCUAUGAUAUUUAGUCUGAAAUCAUCCGUCGUUACUACUAAACUGGUACUUACGACGAUUGCGUUUCCAAUCUCGUAUCAAGCGUCGCCGGUGGGGUCAAUAUUGACUCACGUCUCCCGAGCAAACGCGUCGUUCGCCAAGUCUAAAAAAUCUUACGACGGCGGCCUUUCUGAUUCUACUAUCGAGCAUCGCUGGUGACGUCAUCAUGUGACCCGACCAAGCCUCAUGCUGCGUCGUCAACGGAGGCUGCGAGUUUGUUGAGUCGACUCAAGACGAAAUUACUAUCACACGUAUUAUACACCCGACCAAGCCUCAGGCAGCGUCGUUUCAAACGGAGUCUGCGAGUUGCGGAGGGUGGUUCUACUCGGGCGCUGCCGAAUCAUCCCGAGGGUAUUUUGAGUCUACUUCGAAGAUUUACCCCGGCGCGGGAAUCGAACAGCCGCGGAACUUAGAUUCUUAUCCGAUACACACCUAGACUAGGCUUUCUAGAUUCAGCAUCAUCAUGAGUAUUCCCAGCGGCGCGGGGAAGGUUCCUCCCUCCGCUGGUACGCGCUUCGUUCCUAGCCUCCGUCCGGCCGCUUUAACCUACUACCCCCGCGGCCCUUGCUGCUCUGCAUUCUAUCCUGCUUCACGUGUAUUUUUAGUCGACUCAAAAUACACCUUGCUGCACUGCACUCUGCUUCCAAUCUUGAAUCGCGUCACCCUGUAUCAGAAUCUUCUCCCAGAAUCUCCUGACCCUACUUGAGAGACCCUAUUUUUCUUGAGAGCUAAUCGGCGGUUCGGCCUACUCUCUCGCCCGACCAGACUCUUUACCCCGCUUCUCUUAUCUCCUUCCCCCCCCGGCUCCUCCGGCCGCUAUCUACCCGUGACCCCUCAUCCUGGCAGCAGCGGGGAGUAAGAGGCGCGCGGAAGAUGCCGCUGGGGAAGGCGCAGGCGGCGGCGUCGGUGCUGGCGGAAGCGGCGGACGCUAUGGCGGGAGGAGGAAGCUAGAAUCUUCCGACCCUUCCGCUCCAGAGUUGCCCCCGCCGAAAGCGGCGCCAGCGGCGCUGCAAGGACGUCCGCCCACGCCGCCGACAGCCGCAGCGGUGCCGUCGCCUACGGUGACGGCGCAACAGCGGACGGCGCAACAACAAGCGGCGCAACAGGCGGCGGUACGGGCGGCGCAGCGUGCGGCGGCGGGGAUGGCGGUGCAGCAGCAGCACGCGUCGGGGGGGCUGCACGUGCGCGCGCUGUGGCUGACAGUGAGCCAGGCGGAGCGGUACCUCUUGCUGGAGGACCAGGAGACGGGGGAUGUCUUGAUGCCGCUCAUUCACAUGCGGAAAAUGUUUGAGGCCAACUACAGCCGCAAGCUCUCGUCUUUGAAGCACCGCCUCGUCACCAUCUCGCCCGAUCUCGCCGCGUCCGCCGCUGCUGCCUCCGCGCUGCCCUCCCCCCCCGCGCUGCUGCAAGGCUUCCUGUACUGGCGCUGGGCUUUUGAAAGCCCGCACGAGGUGAAAGUUUUGGUGCGCAAGAUGCUGGGGGAGGAGAACACCCCUCAGGGGCACCUGCGGCUGAUCCUCGUGCCCAUCGUGUACAACGCCAUGGCGCUCAAAGAAAACCUCAGACAAACGCCCUUCUUUGCGAAGCUGGAGGCGGCCCUGCGCCUCUCCUCAUACUGGCAGCUGCUCAAACCGCAGUCGGAGGAGGACAACGGGCCUGCUUCCUCUGCUCCUGCUGCUGCUGCUGCUGCCACUGGUGCUGCUGAUGGUUCUGAUGCUGGUGCUUCUGGUGCUGCUGGUGCUGCUGCUGGGAUGGGGGAGAAGGGCGAAGGGAGUGUGCAUGGGGGUGAAAGGGGAGAGGGGGUAGCAGGAGAGGAGAAAGAAGAGGAGGGAGCAGCAGGGGGGGGAGGAGGAGAGAUUAUAUUCCCGGGCCCGUUUGAUCUGCUGAGGACAGUGGCCAAGUAUUGCGUCUCCUACUCCGCUGCUGAGGAGGCUGAAAAAGGCAAGCAGCGGUCAACUAUGGGAAAUGCGCCCUUCGCCGCCUCGCCUUUCUUUCUUCCCACCAGCAGCAGCGCUCUCCCCACUCCUCCCCUCUUCCCCGCCUGUGCCGCCGACACUGCUGCUGCCAACGCUGCUGCUGCUGCCGCUGCCGCUGCUGCUGCUGCUGCUGCUGCUGCUGCUGGUUCUGGUUCUGGUUCCGCUGCUGCUGCUGCUGCUGCUGCUCCUGCCAAUGCCACUCCUGCUGGGAGUGAUGGUGGGAGAAGGGGGGGGAAGGGAGCAGGGAGAGGGAGCAAUGGUGUAAGUGCGGGUGUGGGGGGUGUAGCAGCACUGGCAGGUGCUGCGGCUAUGAUCUCUGCUGCUGCUCCUCCUGCUUCCCCUGCUGCCUCCUCAGCCCCUUCUGUCCCUGACAGUUACGGGUAUAGGGAGAGAGGAGGUGGAGGGGAGGAAGGGGGGGUGAGAGGAGGAGAGAGAGGGGGAGAGAGAGGUGGAGGGGGAGGGGAUGCAAGUGGUGAGAGAGAGAUGUUUAAAACUGGGGAAUCCGGGAUUGGAUUUGAUUCUGGCCUGCGAGAUGGGUUGUUUGGGCGGGCGGGGAGGGGGGAAGAGGAGGAAGGGGUGAGGAGUGGGGAGUGGGGGGGAGGCUUGGAGGCAGCAGAAGGAAGGGGAGGAGAGAGAGGAGGAGGGAGAGAAAGAGAGGGGGGAGGAGGCCGAGAAAGGGGAACAGGGGAUGGUUGGGGCGGGGAGGGUCGGACAGGAGGCUCGGGGUUAGGUUCGGCAGGAGAUUCGGCUGCUCUGCUUCGGGAGAUAGUGGAGGUUCGGGAGCAGGGCAAGGCGGUUCAGGCAGAGGUCCAAUUGCUGCGCAGGGAUUGGCUGGCUCAUGCUGCUGACGUGAGGGCCCAUGCUGCUGACGUUAGGGAGGAGAUGAAUCGCAUUAGGGGACUUCUGGAGCAGGUUCUUCUGGUUGUGGGGUCGAGAGGCAGCACUGAAGCGCCUCCUUUGAGUCAACACACUGCAUUUGCGACAGCAGCAGCAGAACCAGCAGAACCAGCACCAGCAGCAGCAGCAGCAGCAGCAGCAUCCAUGCACCCAGAAAACGUGGCAAUCCAACCCCUCUUUCCACCCAUGCCUUCCCAUCCUUCUCCUUCCGCUGCUGCCGCAUCUGCUGCAGCAUCUGCUGCUGCAUCUGCUACUUUGUUUGGUCUGAGUAUCACGGAUCGUACCCUGGCUUCUCUGCCUGCUGCCACUCGUGCUGGGGGCGGUGGUGUUGCGGCUGAUGGUGCUGCUGUUGCUUACGCUGCUGCUGAUGGUGUUGCUCCUAACGGCGCUGCUAACAGGUCUGCUGGCGUUCUUUCUGUCAAUGGCGGGGGCUCCUCUUCUGCGUCUGCUGCUGCUCCAGCCUUUGCUGCUUCCACUGAUCCUGCCUUUCCUGGUGGCGCCCCCGCCAUUGCUGCUUCUGACGCUGAUGCAAACGGUUCAGGCAUCGAUUUUACCAGAGAGGAGUACAAGGGAGCGCGGUGGCACGGUGCGGCAGAUGGUACUGGGAGAGGUGACGACUACAGUACUCAUCAGCCGUCCCGUGGUAGGGAGCAUGCUUUUAACGAGUACAAUAGCUUUGCGGGCGUUAAAGAGUGGAGCACACGAGAAAGCGCUAGGGGCAUGGUUUCGGGGGGAAAUGGGAGGUGGGUUUUAGACUCUGGGAGGGAGGAGAGGAAGGGAGAAGGGAGUGUGAGGAGGGAGGUGACAGAGGGAGGGGAGAGAGGGGGGGAUGUGAAUGCGCAUGGGCAGAACAACUGGUGGGGGAGAGGUAGGGAUGUUGAGUGGAGGAAUGAUGCACGGAGGGAGGGGGGUGGAGGGGGGAGAGAAGAGGUGCGGAUAGUGGGGAGAGGAGAGAUGGUGAGUGAGAUGGAGAGGGAGUGGGGAAGGGGGAUGGAGCGGGGGAGUGAGAUGGGGAGAGAGAGAGCAGAGAAGCAGGGAAGGGGUGUGUGGCAGAAAGACGGGGAAUUGUUACAACCCAGCAGUUUGCUAUCAGAGCAAGGACAACAGCAAGGGCAGCAACAGCAACAGCACCAACACCAGCAGCAGCACCACCAGCAGCACCACCAGCAGCAGCAGCAGCAGCAGCAGCAGCAAGAGCAAGAGCAGAGGAAAGAGGUGGUGGAAUCACAUGGAUCGUGGAAGGAGCAGGUGGAAAGCCUGCAGCAGCAGCUGAUGGUGUACGAGCAACGACACCAGAUGAUGCUGCUGCUGCAACGGGACCAGCAGCAGCAGCAGCAGCAGCAGCAGCAGCAGCAACCAGAACAGUACAAGAGCCACCAGCCACGGCAACACUUGGAGAUGCUGCAACACGGGUUGCACCUGCAGCACCACCAACUGCAGCCCCUGGGAGAGCACAAGGAGCACCAGCAGCACCAGCAGCACCAACAGCACCAGCAGCACCAGCAGCACCAGCAGCACCAGGAGCACCAGCAGCACCAGCAGCACCAGGAGCACCAGCAGCACCAGCAGCACCAGCAGCACCAGGAGCACCAGCAACAACUAGAACAUGUGGGCGAGGACCGAGACCUGAAGAUGCGAAAUAGAGCAUCCUCACCUCCGUGCUGCUUCCUUCGAUUGUGAUUUGGUGUUGUACAAUAAAUUGGGCUUUUGCAGAGCAACAAUGCGAGAACGGAUGUUGUGCAAGCAUGUGCAUGUUCUUAUGAGACGGUCGAGUUUCACUCUUACAC